AUGAUGACGUGCCGUCUGCUGUGCGCCCUGUUGGUGCUCGCCCUGUGCUGCUGCCCGUUCCUGUGUGCGCAAGAGGCUCCGACGGAUUCCUCUACGACGACGACGAAUACUAAUACAAAGACACCAAAUGGAACAGAAUUACAAGUCUCCGAUCCGUCAGGGAAGCCAAGUAAGGAACCCGCUGUGGAACAAGAAAAAUCACCGGUUAUCGGUCAUUCGGGGUCGUCAGGUUCGGGGUCCGGUGGCGGCCCUGGAAUUGUUGAUGAAGAUGGAAAAAGUUUCACCGGCACGUUAAGGCAAUCAGUUGACACGACCGAAAAGCUACAGAGUGAAGGUAAUAACGGCAUGACAGGAUUACAAAGUAGCACGAAACCAUCCGCAGAACAAGAAAAAAAGAAGGCUGAAGAUGCUUCUGAGACGACGGCAAAGAUUACCACAAUGGCAUCAACCACGACCACAACGACAACGACGACAACCACAACUACAACACAGGCACCAAGUACUACGACUACAAAGGCGCCAACCACGACGACCACCACCCGCGCACCGUCACGUCUUCGCGAAAUCGACGGCAGCCUCAGCAGCUCUGCGUGGGUGUGUGCCCCGCUGCUGCUCGCCGUAUCCGCGCUGGCGUACACCACUCUGGGCUGA